UCAGUUUCCAGUGAUAUCGUUUAUGGUCAACCCAGUAUGAUUAUCAUCAAUUUUUAUUCGCCGAGCUGCUGACGGUGGGAAAACAAAUUGAUACUUACACGUAGGUUAAACCUUAAUUGGUCAAUGUGCAUGGGUAGAGAGAAAAAGUAAGGUUAAGUUAGGUUAUGUUGAAACAGUAUUUACGUUAUCUAUAUUUCAAAGUCCGAUAAUUGAUGAAGGAAUCGAAAAUGAGAAUUACGCACACUGAUUCUCCAAGCGGCUAUCAAUGCAUUUGGAGCGAUUUAGCCGACCAUCCAAAAUGCCCACAUGGACCAACAUUGCUGUUUGGUCGAUACGUCGAUGGUGAAUAUAAACAAUUUUAUGCAUGUUCGGCGUGCCGAGACAGGAAGCUAUGUUCAUUUUACUUGGAGCAUGGCAGCAAGCCGACGAAGCAUCAAAAACAAGCCUGGGAACUCGAGGCAAAAAAAGUAAUACCUCGCUAUGAUCAUCAGAAAAUGUUUAUUCUACUGAACGAGAUAUUAGCGACAAAUCCAAUCAGAAGACUCUACUGCCAUGAUUGUAGGCGUCUCUCGUUUGUUUCCGAAAAACACAAGCACAGGGCUCACGAUAUAAUUGAAAAUCUUACGGAUCAUCAGCUGCGUCAUCCUACUGAAUUUCUCAGACCUCUUGAAAACCCUAAGAAGGAAGCUCAAUAUUUGUUCUCUGACCAAUCAGUCAGCGACAUUAUUUUCAUGCUGCUCAACCUAGGCGCUAAGCACAUCUUAUGCAUAGGAACCCCAAGAAUUCAUGAAUUCCUUGUGAAUCACCAUGAAGACAAAGUUUCUAGUUUGCUGUUGGAUUUUGAUGGCAGAUUUCAUAAUUUCUUUGGCCCCUUGAGUUUUUGUUGGUACAAUCUCUUCAAUCACCAUUUCUUUCAUGAAGAUUCAAAAGAUGUCUUGAGGGAUUUUCUGACACAAGAUGGUGGCAGGCAUACUUAUAUAAUUUGUGAUCCACCGUUUGGUGGACGUGUUGAACCUAUUUCUCAAACUUUGAAGACAAUUUAUGAUUUGCACAGAAAGUGGAAUAAAAUUGAUGCAGAAAGUGAUGGACUGAAAACAAUGUUCAUUUUUCCAUAUUUUAUGGAAUCUGUGCUAAGAGAAAAAUCAAACCCACCUGGGAUAUUGGGAGGUCUGAAAGAUCUGAAAAUGUUCGACUACAAAGUGGAUUAUCAAAAUCAUCCGUUGUUUGUGAAAUCACCAGAUAAAAUCUUAGCAACGCCGGUUCGCAUAUUUACAGAUAUAGAUUUAAGUUUAUUGACAUUACAAUCUCAUCAAGGUUACAAGUACUGCAAGAAAUGCAACAAAUGGACAUUCGAGGAGAAUAAACAUUGCAAAAAAUGUGCAGCGUGCACUUCCAAAGACGGUCGAAGGUACAGGCACUGCAAUAUCUGUGCACGCUGCGUCAAACCAACGUGGAAACACUGUAAGAAAUGCAAUCGAUGCACCUUGGAAACUCACAAGUGCGGUGUAGUUCCAAAAAUUACUGGACAAUGUUUCAGAUGCAAUGAAUUUGGUCAUGUGGAAAAAACUUGUACGAAGGAUGCUGUAAAUAUUCCUAAAUCGAAAGUGGAAAGCAACAAGGAAACACUAAAAGGGAAGAAGCGCAAGCAUCACUUGGAUGUAAGUGAUAUCUCUAGUAAAAAAAAGGCUAGAAUCGCAAACGCGAGUGAAACAUCUAUGAAAUCACCCGAGGAAUUCGAAUUAGUAUCUAAUUUGGUUGAAGUGUCCAGAGUCGCUGAUUCAGAGAAAGUUGUCUCGACAAAGUUGACGAAAAAUGAUUUAAAAAUGAAAAAUAAAUAUCCGAAGUCAAAACUUUUAAACAAAGUUUCAAAACAAGGGAAAGCAAUUGAUACAGCGUCGCUAGAAAAAAUUGAAGCGGAAAAUAUGGAAGGCAUAACGAAUGCGAAGAAGAAGAAGAAGCUUCUCAAGUUGACAAAGUCUACUUCCAAAAGGACAGAGGAAAUCACGACAAAGGCGAAAGGGGUCACGUCCAUAAAGUCGCAAACAAUGAACCCUGAUUUAGCUGUACUUAAGCAGAAGAAAAUAUUUGAAAACAAGAAGUCACCAGUCAAUGGAAAAAAUAAAACAUUCACAAAUGGUGAAAACCUUCAGAAACGACAAUCAAAGUAAACUUAUGAUAUAUCAACUUCGCGUGAUCGUUUGAAGUCCAUUGAAAAGAAAUUGCAAAUAAAGGUGUAUAAUUUUUAAUAAAAAGAAAAUCGUGUCAACACGAUCGAUUUACGUAUCACCAGAUU